AUGGUUCGACAACUCCGGCAAGGCAAGGGCCGCCUUGAUCUGAUCUUGUCAAACACAGGGAUCCUGUUGUAUCAACACGCCAUGGUCUCUCGAUUGGGCCCAGGGCCCGAGACAAGACCGAUAUACCGGAAUAAUCGAGAAGACCCUCGUGUAGUGGCGACUGAACGGGUCCCACCAGUUGCGGUUGUUGCCGACGGAGAAGCCGCCAUCGAAGAUGUGGAUGUUACCACUCUUGCCAUUGUUAUAAAGCGUUUGCUGGUCAGCAAUGCGCACCACUUUGUGGCAAACCAUGGGGACACCGCGCCUCUUCGACGGACAGCAGACCGGUAA